AAUUUUGGAAAAUAUUUCAAGUUAAUGCACUUAAACCGUAUCCGACAACUUUAUUGCUAUCUCCUCUGGCAAAGUAUUGCAAAGUUUUUUUAAAAAUAACUGUUAAAAUUUUUAUUGAAAAAAAAUUUCUAUAGUAUACAAGAUCGGUGGUGCAUGAAUUUCUAUAGAAUACUUGAUCGAUGCUGGCAGCUCCCAAAGGUAUGGUAGCCGUGGCUAAAGACGAAGACAAUGAUAUAAUAUCAAUCAUGGCAGCAGAUCCAAAGUUGAAAAAUACAAGUGGACAGGUCAUGAUAUACGAAUCAGGAUCCGUGGUAAUGAAGGUAGAGGUUGGUACAACAUUAGAAGUUUUGAAACUGCUGUACGAAUCCGAGCAAAGUCAACCUUGUGAUAAAAUAAUUGGAGUAAGACCACGAAAAUCAAAUGGAAUACCUUGUAUCAUAACAUUGCAAGAGUCAAAAUUAGAAGAAAACUCUUACGACAUCAUUUUUCGGGACAAGAAGCAAAACAAACCAAAAGAACUUGUUACAAAUGAUCUUGCAGGAGGAGAGAAACAAGAUACUACACGCUGCGUAGAUUGUUCGCGAGAAGCUUGGAAAUCAAAAAGAUACACAAGCAUUGGAAUGAACACAGAAAUUAGCAUCAACCCACUUUCUGAAAUAGAUUCUGUUCGCUCGCAUUUGUUGUCAUCAUCUAAGCACCAAACAAAUAUAGAAGCGUCAUACCAUAAUCGUUCAAGAGCCAGACCUCCAAUUCAUAGACCUACGCCGUUGGAACCGAAUCAUUAUAGUUUGCAUAAAACAGAGUAUAUAGUUUCGACUUUACCUCCUAUACCAGCAAAUGUGUCCGUUCCUGAUUUUAUAAAAUAUCAUCCCCGCUCUCCUAGAAGAUCUCCAGUAUACGGAAACGGUCAUACACAAAUUUGUUUCCCAUCUCAAAACGCAAUAAAAAGACCUGAUCUUGAUUCGAUAUCAUUUGAUCCAAUAGUUCAUUAUAGAGUACCAAGGUCGCAUUCUCCUCAUGUUGUUAAUAGAAGUGGUACAGUAUCUCCUCGUCCAAGAAGUCGUUCGCCUCUUGAUAAUAAAAGGGAGCUGCAAGACGAAACCAAACUAGAGGAGCAAAGGAGUCUCUUCGAAAGCAUAUAUAUGCGAAAAACUGACCAUUAUCCACAUUAUGAGCAAAAACAACAUACAAAUUUAGGAACAACUUCCUCUAACCAAUCUGAUGAAACAGUUGAAAGAGAACCACCAGUGUUUGUUUUACCAAAUGAUUUUGAUUCUAAUCUUGACCGUAUUGACGAACAUGUAAUUAAUUAUCAAGCACCUAAAAGCUUUACUUUAGUAGAAUCUGAAAAAGAAGACUCCAAAGCUAGCGUUGGUUGCACUUCUCCUGUAACAUCAAUUGGAAGCGAUUCCGGACAUUCUAUUAUAGAUGAGCAAUUGCCAUCAACUCGUAAUCUUUCUUGCAAAAUAUGUAAGAAAGUUUUUCCAACAAAAAGUACAUUGUAUAAGCAUUUACGGGGUCACCCCUCCGAUGAAAAACCUUUUAAAUGUAGUGAAUGCGGUCAAGGUUUUACUCUAAGCAGCAACUUACGCCAACAUCGUAUUAUUCAUAGAGGAUAUAAACCUUUUCAAUGUGAAUAUUGUGGUAAAAAAUUUAUGCGCUCAAACGUCUAUAAACAACAUAGAAGGAUACAUACGGGUGAGCAAAUGCACAAAUGUUCUUUAUGUCCAAGUGAAUUUUUACAGCGAUACGCUUUAGUAAAACACAUGAAAAAAUCUCAUAACAUAGAAAGCAUAGAAACAUAAAUUGUUAUUGUCUGCUAUCAAACCUAUACAUAAUAGUGGAUUAAAGAAUGUAAGCAAACCUUCAACACCUGCUUUCUUUAGUUAACUUAUUUGCGCUGACUUUUAUGAUAACAAAUUUGCUUAUUUUUUAAAUAUAUUUAUAUUAUUAAGUA